AGCUCCCAACACUGUGGGACUCUCAGCAAACUUUCUUUGUCCUUUCAACGGCUCUCCUUCUCCUGACCUCAUCUAAGCUUUGCUUUUUCUUUUUUCCUUCGCUGUUUUCCUAUGAUUCUCUAAGAACCAAGUCCUUGAAACUUUUGGCUUAAAGUGAAUACACAGACAAAUUUUUCCAGAAAGUUCAGAAAAGUGUAUAUUGAGGACGUAGUCUGGGGAGAUCAGCUGGACGGGAGAUCAGCUGGACGGGAGAUCAGCUGGACGGGAGAUCAGCUGGACGUAGUCUGGGGAGAUCAAUCGUGUUGGCAGUGACUGGGUUCUCGCUUCAGGGUGUCGCCGGAGCAGGGACUUUGCAAUAAACCGAGAACUCUCUUUGCUCACGAGUUACCCCAAAGCGAGCCAGGAUGUUGGUAUUGCUGGCUGGUAUCUUUGUGGUUCACAUCGCCACUGUUAUUAUGCUAUUUGUUUGCACCAUUGCCAAUGUCUGGGUGGUUACCAAUACUGGAGACAUAUCAGUAGGUCUUUGGAGAAACUGUACCCAGGGUAACUGCAAUGGUGGCCUGUUGUAUGAAAACGAAGAUGCCCUCAAGACAGUGCAGGCCUUCAUGAUUCUCUCUAUCAUCUUCUCGGUCAUCUCCCUCGUGGUCUUCGUGUUCCAGCUCUUCACCAUGGAGAAAGGAAACCGGUUCUUCCUCUCGGGGGCCACCAUGCUGGUGUGCUGGCUGUGCAUUCUGGUAGGAGCCUCCAUCUACACUAACCGUUAUGCAAAUCGCUCCGUAGUCUUGUGGACGGAGAGUCACCACGGCUAUUCCUUCAUCCUGGCCUGGAUCUGCUUCUGCUUCAGCUUCGUCAUCGGCAUUCUCUAUCUGGUCCUGAGAAAGAAAUAGGGCCAGACGGGUUCAUGGGGAUCUAGGAGGUGGGGAGGAGGAAGCCAUUGAAUCUGGGAGGGAAGUGGAGGUUGCUGUACAGGAGAAACCAAGACAGGGGAGGGGGGAGGGGGAAGGAAAGGGGGAAGGUCAAAUCCCAAACCAUUACCGGAGAUUCUCCACUGCCAAGCCCCUGCCCUGGGGAGAAAGUAGUUGGCUAGUACUUUGAUGCUCCCUUGAUGGGGACCAGAGAGCCUCCCUUGCAGGCACCAGACUUGGCCUCCAGCUGUUCUCAGUGACACACACUGUCUGGGGCACCCAUCAGCUGCCACACCACCAGCCCCACUUCCCAGGUGAAUUCUGGGUCACACACUGAGGUCCACAGACCUACUGCACCGAGUUAAAAUAGCGGUACAAGUUCUGGCAAGAGCAGAUAUUGUCUUUGUGCUGAAUACGCUAAGCCUGGAAACCAUCCUGCCCUUCUGACCCAAAGCAAAACAUCGCGUUCCAAUCUGAAGUUCCUAGAGGGGGACUUUGGCCAGCGAGCCAUUGCCCCUCUUUGGAACAGAUACUUAGCUCUGUGGAAUUCAGUGUCAAAAUGGGAGGAGGAGCGAGGGUUUGUAAGGUCACACUGGUGGGUGAGCUAAACCAAGAAGACCUUUUCACAAUGGAAAACCUGGGGGAUGGUUAGAGCCCAGUCCAGACCUCACACACGGCUGUCCCUCACGGAGACCUCAUGCCAUGGGCUUUGCUAGGCCUCUCGCUUAAAGCCAAGGCAGCUCUUCUGGAGUUUCUCUAAAGUCACUAGUGAACAAUUCGGUGGUGAAAGUACCACACAAACUAUUGGAUCCAAUGGGCAGUCUUGCAACAGUGCCAUAUUAGGGUUAUGUUUUUAGGGUUCCCCUCAAUGCAGUCAAUGUUUCUUUUAAGUAUACAACAGGAGAGAGAUGGACAUGGCUCCUUGGAGCGCGAUCCUAUUACUCUUCCUCUAACUUGUAAACUUUCGAGGACGUUUUGUCUAAUUAUUCAUAUCGAGAAUCAGGGCUCCUAGGCUCGGUGGUAGCUCUGGCUUAGACACCAUCUGGAGUGAUCCCCUCUUGGGGAUCCUGCCUAUCCCACUUCACAGGUGAGGCAUGGCAAUUCUGGAAGCUGAUCAAAACACGCAUAAACCAAACCGAACAACAGGCCCUUGGGGGAAAGGUGCUAUAGAAUUGUGAAGUAUUAAGCAUACUAUAGUUCAGCCGUGAUAAGAACAGAGUGCCUGCAUUCCCAGGAAAAUAAGAAAAUUCUAUGAGAUAAAUAAAAAUAUAGGUGAUGGGCAGAUCUUUCCUUUAAAAUAAAAAAGCAAAAACUCUUGUGGUACCUAGUCAGCCGGUAGAAGAGCGGUCUGCUGCCGCAGGAGCGCCUCUAUGUAGGACUUAGAAGUAGUGUGUUUUUCCUGGUCACGCAGGCAUCGCUCUGCCCUGGAGCAGCUAUUUUAAGCUAUCUCAGAUUCUGUCUAACGGGGUUUUUUGGGAAGACUUUUCCUUUAUCACCCUGAGAAGAUCUACCCCAGCGAGAAUCUGAGACAUCUUGCCCACUUUUCCUUAUUAGCCUUCUCCUCAUCCAUUUCUCUCAUACCUUUCCUUUCUGGGGAGUUGUUAUGCCAUGAUUUCUGGUAUUUAUGUAAGAGGAUUAUUACUAAUUCCAUUUCUCUAUGUUUAUUCUGGUUAAAGAAAUGUUGAGGACAAGCCACCAAAUUACCUGGGCUGGGGUUAGAGAGAUUGGCCAGCAAAAACUGUGGGAUGAUGAACUUUGUCAUUAUGAUUUAAUUAUUGCAUGAUUAUAGAAGGCUGUCGUAGUGCAGAAGCAUACUUACAUAUCAGACAUAGCCAAAGGAAAUACUCACAUUUUGUUAAGAAGCUGAACUAUGACUGGAGUAAACCAUGUAUUCCGUUGUCUUUUCCUUUUUUUUCUGUGACAUUUAUGUCUCAUGUAAUUCGCAUUACCUUGGUGGGUUGUUCUAGUACUGUACUGGGCUUCUUCGUUAAUAGAUUAUUUCAUAUACUAUAAUUGUAAAUAUUUUGAUACAAAUGUUUAUAACUCUAGGGAUAUAAAAACAGAUUCUGAUUCCCUUCA